AUGGAUAUUUUCAGAGAACUCACCAGAGGAAUUAAGUUCGACAAGAACAAUAAGAUUAAGUGAUCGGAUAAAAGUUCUAAGAAGCCUAGUGAAUUAAAAUAUAUUCUUAGUGGGAAGAAGAGGAAAAAUGAAAACACAGAAGAAAAAGGUGAAAAGAGACCAAAAGAUGAUUAUGUUACAGAUGAGGAAGUAGAGAAGAUUAAGAAACAGAUUGCUCAACUCAAGGAAUCUAUUACAGGAGAAGAGACAGCAGAAGAAGUGAAAGAUUACGAAGAUAGAUAUAAAGCUCUGAUAAAUAAAAAGACAGAGGUUGUUGCUUUAAUGAGAAAGAAGUUCAAAAUUAAGGUAGAGGGAGAUAGAGUUCCUCCUCCCCUUGAUAGUUUUGAGAAAAUUCAAAAUUUAUUGAAACUUGAUGUGAGCAUUAUGAGAAGGAUUCAAGACCAAAUCAAGUUUAAAAGACCUACUCCGAUUCAGAUGCAAGCGAUUCCCAUAAUAGCUAAGAAAAGAGAUCUUAUUGCUCUAGCUGAAACUGGAAGUGGAAAAAGCUUAUCUUUCAUUCUUCCUUUGUUAUGAAAAGUUAACCCAGAUGUCGAAGGAGUUCAGGCCAUAGUCCUCGCUCCUACAAGAGAGCUCCUGAUUCAAUUGUACAAACAGUUUAUGGUAUUUAAUCCUCAUCCAAAGAAGUUAAAGGUCAAAUUUUUGAGAAGGAAGCUAAUCCCUAAAGAUCAGACUGAGGUUGACCAUUUCGUUAAUAACUGAAAGAUUUUAUUAAGUACUCCUCUAAGAUUAGAGAGUGUCCUCAAAGAACUUGAUCUCAAGUUUGAAACAGUUAGGCAUAUUGUUGUAGAUGAGGCUGAUGCGAUGUUUGAUAUGGCAUUCCUUCCUCAAGUCGACAAAAUCAUAAAACACUGCACUAAUCCAUCAUUGCAGAAGUCUUACUUCAGUGCUACCAUGCAACCUGUAAUUGAAGAAAUGCUUAGAGAGAACAUGUCUGAUCCAGUCAAGAUUAUUUGUGGUCUCAAAAACGCUACAGCUGGGAGUGUUGAACAAAAGCUAGUUUACUGUGGUUCUGAAGAAGGCAAGAUGUACGCUCUCAGGAAUAUCUUCAGAGAAGGAUUCACUCCUCCUAUGCUCAUUUUCGUUCAAAAUAAGCAAAGAAGCAUGGAACUAUAUAAAGAACUAAUAGUGGAAGGUAUCAGUUGCAACAUCAUUCACGGAGACAGAAUCAAGGAGCAGAGAGAUGAAGUUGUGAUGAAGUUUAGAACUGGAAAAAUCUCUCUCCUCAUCUGCACAGAUUUAAUGUCAAGAGGAAUCGACUUCUUAAAUGUCAAUUAUGUAGUCAACUACGAUUUCCCUCAGAGUAUUGUAUCUUACAUUCACAGGGUUGGAAGAACUGGAAGAGCAGGAAACCAAGGAACCGCUCUUACACUCUAUACUGACAGUGAUAUCGAGUAUCUAAGAAGUAUCGCGAACCUAAUGAAGAAAUCAGGAUGAGAUGUAAAGCCGUGGAUGCUGGAACUCAAAAACCCAGGAAGAAAGAAGUGGAAGGAACUUGAGAAGAAUCCCAAAAAGCAUAUGAAACGUGAAACUAUUUCUACUGAUAUAAAGAAAAAUACUAACAAGAAGUUUAUGAAGGUUAUCAAAGACUUCUCCAAAAAGUGUAAGAAGUAUAAUUCCAAGUUUGCUGAUAAGCCAAUAAAAUCAAAGGCUCCAGCGAAGGAGGAAGAAGAGGAGUUAUCAGAUGAUGUACUAGAAGAGCUGGAUGAAAUCUCAGAUGAAGAAGAGAGAGAACAGCUUAGAAAAGAAAUGCAAGGAGGCAUGAAUGAGAUCCCUGAUUAUGUCGAUGAUAGUGAAGAUGAUAAUUCAAUCUAAA